AUGGGGCAAAAAGUGACAGGGGGGAUCAAAACGGUGGACAUGCGGGAUCCCGUGUGCCGGCCGCUGAAGCAGGAGCUGCAAGGGCUGAAUUACAGCAAGCCGUCUCGGCUGGACCUCCUGCUGGACAUGCCGUUCGUCUCCUACGAAGUCCAGCUGCUCCAUUCGUGGAACAACGACGACCGGUCGCUCAACGUCUUCGUGAAAGAGGACAAUAAGUUGACUUUCCACCGGCAUCCGGUGGCCCAGAGUACCGACGCCAUCCGGGGCAAAGUGGGGUACACUCGCGGGCUCCACGUCUGGCAGAUUACCUGGGCGAUGAGGCAGCGGGGGACCCACGCCGUGGUGGGCGUGGCCACCGCCGAGGCCCCUUUGCACUCGGUGGGCUACACCACCCUGAUCGGGAACAACCUGGAGUCCUGGGGCUGGGAUCUGGGGCGUAACCGGCUCUACCACGACGGGAAGAACCAGGCCAGCAAGACCUAUCCGGCGUUCCUGGAGGCGGACGAGACGUUCAUUGUGCCGGAUUCGUUCUUGGUGGUGCUGGACAUGGACGACGGGACCCUGAGCUUCAUCGUGGACGGACAGUACAUGGGCGUGGCCUUUCGGGGGCUGAAAGGGAAAAAACUGCACCCCGUGGUGAGCGCCGUGUGGGGCCACUGUGAAAUCCAGAUGCGAUACUUGAACGGCCUCGACCCCGAACCUUUACCGCUGAUGGACCUUUGCCGGCGUUCGGUGCGCCUCGCUUUGGGCAAGAACCGGCUGUGUGAGAUCGCGACGCUACCUUUGCCCAAAUCUCUCAAAAAUUACCUUCUUUACCAAUGA